AUGCAUUCUUACAUACACCCGAACACUCACGUCGCUCUUCGGCUGCCGUCGGGCGUGAUAAAGAUCCUGGAGAUCACCCCCAAUACCACCAUCAACAUUGGCAAAUUCGGAACCUUCUCUUCGAAUCUACUUCUUGGACGACCCUAUUACCUGACCUUCGAACUACUCGAUCGGGACGACGGAAAAUCGCAGACGGAACUGCGCGUCGUACCGGCCUCUGAGCUCCAUGCAGAGGCUUUGGGUAACGAGUAUGGCGCGCCGGCGGAAUCUCGAGAUGAGCCCACAGAAGGUGGUGCCGAGUUUGAUAUCGUUGGAGAGGAUGGCGCACUUAUCAUGCGCAGCAAUCGCAUGACGGUGGAUGAUCCCUCAAGGCAGACACUCACAAUGGAGGAGAUUGAAGAACUGAAAAAGGCCGGUACAGGAUCUGGCAAAGAGAUUAUCGCAAAGAUAAUGGCUUCCCAUAUGGCUAUUGAUGAGAAGACGACGUUUUCGCUAGCAAAGUAUACUCUACGCAAGUCGAAGAAAUAUCUCAGGCGCUUCACGGUCUUACCAGUUGAUGUCGGUAUGCUCACAGAGUACAUCGCGGACAAGGAGCAUUAUAAGAUUCUGGAACUGAGAGAAGAGUCUCUCGGUCUUAUAAAUAGCUGGGCGAACAUUCACUGCGGAGCUGCGAGCCGGGUGGUUUACGCUGAGGAUGGUGUCAGUCAGAUAGGAGGCGGCAGAUGGUUAGUGGUGGACGACACCGGUGGACUGGUAGUGGCGGCUCUAGCAGAGAGAAUGGGCAUACUGUAUCCCGAAGAGAUGGAUGACCACUCAAAUGCAGAAGAGAAGGAACACCUUGAACAGCCAAAGCAGAACGGUGAACAACAGCAGGCAGAACCUAGAUCAGAACCGCUCUCUCAACAAUCCGAACUUCAAAAAAAGCCCGAUACGACCACGGAGGAUCUCUCGAAGCCGACCUCACACACAACGGGCCGCCAUCCGCGCCCGCGCAACAAGAAACCUCAUCACCACAUUCCCCAAAUGUCCGCCACAACCAAUUCUAUCACGCUCCUGCACAGCAACAACCAGCCCAAUCUAACGCUUCUGAAAUACUUCUCGUAUGAUGCAGGAAACCCGACCCCGUCUCAUCCCUUAUUCCGCCACCUCAAAUCGCUCUCCUGGCUCCAGCUCCUUAGCCCUUCAGAUGACCCGUCGUGUGUUGAACCCGAACUCAUCCCUGACGAGACACUUGCCACGAUGAAGAGCAGUAAACGGGGAACAUACUUCAAAAAGCGCCGGCGGUGGGAGCGCACCAGUAGAGUCAUUGAAGAGACGCGAAGGGGUGGUUUCGACGGGUUGAUCAUUGCCAGCACCAUGGAACCAAAGACUAUCAUGAAGGAGCUCGUACCGCUCGUGCGUGGGGGCGGACGUGUGGUCGUGUACUCUCCGAACGUUGAACCACUGGUCGAGCUGUGUGAUUAUUACAGCAAGGAUCGAAGAGCGGCCUAUGUGAGUAGGAAGUUUGCUACGCCGAUUACCCCCGAAACACCACAGAGCGGAAACAACGCCGAAGAGAAGGAUGAGAGUAUGAAUGGAGUGGCGGUGGAAGAGGAGGAUGAGGACUUCCCUGUCAAUCCCACACUGCUACUUGGCCCUUCACUGCAGACGGCCAGAGCAAGACAUUGGCAGGUCCUUCCCCAGAGAACACAUCCCUUCAUGACUAGCCGCGGCGGCGCCGAAGGCUACUUAUUCACUGCUACGAGGGUCAUACCCGCGGAGGGGAAAGUGGAAGCGAGAGGUCACUUCAAGGGAAAGAAGAGGAAA